AUGAUGAUCGACCAUCAUCCUCUCAUCACAAUGCCUCCUAAGGAAAAGAUCAAGGCUCUGCCAGAGGCCUCGUCACUGGAAGCUCCUCCUCCAUCACCUACUCCAGCCUCGAUUGAUCCUGCAAGCAAGGGCAAAGGCAAAGUUCCAGAGGAAUCAAGCACCGCUCCUCCGGCUGAGCCGACUGCUAGCGGCUCCGGUCUUUUACUGCAAGAGGAGCUGCGUUCCCUCCGUACAACCGUACCUGAUAGCGGCUUCCUCGAAGAUGACUCUGACGAGGAACUUGAAGUCGAAGUCAGGACGGAAGCCUUCUACCGUGCCUGCUACACUGCGAUCCUGCUGCUUCCUGUGGCUCUCGCUUUGGAGGUGGCGUCUGUCAUCACUACAGUGCGUACCUUGAUGAGGCGUGUCUGGUCGUCCACGCUUUCUGCUGAUGCUGUCGAGACGGCGAAGUUUCAAGAACUCCUACCGGCUUACGUGGCGAAAACUCGAUACUGCCACCUGCAAGUCUCCCUCCUGCGCGAAGAAGCCAUCAUGAGCAUCCGAUCCAAAGAGGUUGACUACAUGGGGCUAACGGCACGGUAUUCCGGCUCUACUGGCAGCACAUCGACGACCCUGCUUUCGUGCAUCUGCCCCCGUUCCCCCCAUCCUCUUCCCUGUUUUCCCCGUAUCCCCUGCCGUGCUUCCACCCAUCCUAUCCCCUCUUGCCCCGUAUCCCCUGUGCUGCUUCCCGCCAUCCCCUUCCCUGCUUCCCCCCAUCCCCCCCCCUGCUUCCCCCCAUCCCCUUCCCUGCUUCCCCCCAUCCCCUUCCCUGCUUCUCCUCAUCCCUUGCCCUUAUUUCCCCCAUCCCCUUCCCUGCUCCCCCCCAUCUCCUUCCCUGCUUCCUCCCAUCCCCUUCCCUGCUUCCCCCCAUCCCCUGCCCUGCUUCCCGCCAUCCCCUUCCCUGCUUCCCCCCAUCCCCUUCCCUGCUUUCCCCCAUCCCCUUCACUGCUUACCCCCAUCCCCUGCCCUGCUUCCCCCCAUCCCCUUCACUGCUUCCCCCCAUCCCCUUCCCUGAUUCUCCCUUCCCAGUGCCCUGAUUUCCCUCAUCCCCUUCCCUGCUUCCCCCCAUCUGCUGCCCUGCUUUCCCCCAUCCCCUUCCCUGCUUCCCCCCAUCCUCCUCCCUGCUUCCCCCCAUCCCUCCGCCUGCUUCCCCCCAUCCCCUUCCCUGCUUACCCUCAUUCCCUUCCCUGCUUCCCCCCAUCCCCUGCCCUGCUUCCCCCCAUCCCCUUCCCUGCUUCCCCUCAUCCUCCUCCCUGCUCCCCCCCAUCCCUCCGCCUGCUUCCCCCCAUCCCCUUCCCUGCUUACCCUCAUUCCCUUCCCUGCUUCCCCCCAUCCCCUGCCCUGCUUCCCCCCAUCCCCUUCCCUGCUUUCCCCCAUCCCUUGCCCUGCUUCCCCCCAUCCCCUUCUCUGCUUUCCCCCAUCCCCUUCCCUGCUUUCCCAUCCCCUUCCCUGCUUUCCCCCAACCCCUUUCCUGCUUUCCCCCAUCCCCUUCCCUGCUUUCCCCCAUCCCCUUCCCUGCUUCUCCCCAUCCCCUCCCCUGCUUCUCCCCAACCCCUCUCGUGCUUCCCCCCAUCCUCUUCCCUGCUUCCCCCCAUCCCCUUCCCUGUUUCCUACGAUCACUCUCAUUCUCCUUCCUCCCUCCCACACUCACUCUCUCAGUCCUCUCGCACUCUCUCUCUCCGUCCUCUCGCACUCGCACUCUCCUUCCCCUCACCCUCUGUCCUGUUCCCACCUGCCCUCCCCAUCCCUGUCUUUCCCUCCCUGCCCUGCCCUUCCCUUCUCCAUCACUUCUCAACCCUUCCAUUCCUUUUCAUGCCCUCCCCUUCCCCCUCACCUUCCGCCCUCUAG